CAACAACCAAUCACCAUUCAUGGCCACACACGCACGAAGGUGGGUAAGUGGAUCGUUGAAAAGAAGGGGUUUAGAACCAAAAAGCCAAAACAUGCGGGUGAUGCAACGACGAUCGUUUUCUCUGCCUCUUUCAGCUCCACCGGCAGUGAAAUUUGAAGGAGGGAGGCCUGCUUUCUUGGUUGUUCCCGGAUUAAUAUCUCGCCGGAGAAGUUUCUCCUUGGCAGUCGCCGGAAAUGGAGAUUCGAGACUGCCCAAUUGGAAUCCAUCGUCCCCGUCCCCGUCCCCGUUCCCUUUCCUAUCCACCGUGUCCGUGAGUGCAUCUGGCCAAGCGUAUUAUUCUGCUUCUGCCCCGCCGCCCAGACAACUGCUUGAACUCAAAGCUCUAUGCUUCCGACCCUCUCCUCAAUUGGGACUGCUGUCUCUCCUGUUUGCCCUCUCCAUGGCCAUUGGUGCCAUUAUCUCCUUGGCUGUAUUAUCCAUUCCAACCAUCAAUGCUUUUACAAGAUUGGCAGCCUCAAUAAAUAAAUUGUUGCAAGUUGUCUCCCAGGAGGUACCCGGCACCUUGUCUUCUCUCAAACUUUCAGGCCUCGAGAUUAACGAAUUGACCCUACAACUUAAAAAUCUCAGGCAAAGAAUUUCUGGAACCCAAUUACCAAAGAAAGUCAGAAACUAUAAGCCCUCUUCGUUUGGAAGGAGGAAUCAACCUUGAAAGGACACUAUGGAACUACGCCAUCGAUGUGAAUUGAAGCACACUCAUGAGUUGUGCUAUAUGCGUGAUCCUUCACUUUAUGGUGAAGGCAUCUAGGCAAUUCUCAGCACGUCUUGAAAUAUAUUUGCAGAGAAUCAUCUCUACUUGUAUUUUGUGUCAGAAUUUAUUCGUUAUUUAUAUUUUCAUUAU